AUGCCGGCCGAUCCCUGGCCUUUGCCGAAUCCGGGGCCCAGCAGCGGAAGCUUUGAUUUGGUGGCACCCGAUGAGGGACUCGGUGCCGGCACAGGCAUUAGCCGACAGGUGCAGGGAGAUGUGCCUGUUUCGGAUGCGGAAAGGAGUCCUAGGACCAAGCGCGCCCCGAAGGAGAUGCCGCUGCGCUUCAGGUGCAGUAUCUGCGGGACAUGCAUUGCCUCGUCGGACGGCUUCGUGGAGGCCAGGGAUGAUUCCUUCGUGUUUCGGAGCUUGCAGCCGGGCGGCGGAGAGGCUGCCGGCCGUGUGGUCUGCCGUGAAUGCGACCAGGCCCUGGGCUUCAGGAGCGAUGGCUUGUUCUUCCUGCGAAAGGAUACUGUUGAGAAGAGGGCCGAAAAGCUGGAAGUCCUGGUCUGCAGCUUGAAGCUGCAAGAGAUCAAUGAUGUGAGUCCUGUGCUCGCGGACAUCUUUCCUUACAGUAGCGUUCAGGAACGACUGCUGCAGAAGGCAGAACUGCGUGGAUUUGCAUCUCUCCCAGGAAAGCCGGACUUCGUGGUGGUGGUCCAUCGCAACGAAGGCCGCGCUUUGCUCACAGACCGCAACGGCUUCUACCACGAUGUGUUGGGAUGCGCUUACAGACAGACCCGCGGGAACGUCCUGGUAGUCCUGACGCGUGCAGAGCCGAAGGCGGAGGCGGACUUGUUUGAUAAAGUCAUGCUGCGGUCACUGCAGCGAGCCUAA